CGUCUCGGACCCUCCGUGGAGUCCCCGGGCGGUCGCGAUGCUGCCUUCUCCAUGCAACACUGUUCAUUCUUUGAUGUGCAUCCUUGGUCGAAGCAAAGAGCUCUGAGGUACGUUGCAGAGAUGAAACGCAAAUCUAUGGAACCAGUUUCAUCCGCAACGAAAAAACAGCCCCGGCAAGAUCCUGUUUCGUGCGAAUCGUGCCGAAAGAAGAAGUUGAAAUGCGACCGCAGCUUCCCAUGCAGCAGCUGCAUAGCUCGCCGACUGGAUUGUAGCUAUGGUAGCUACGGUCCUCCGGUACUGAACUCCGCGAACGGUGGAAACCAGGCAGAUGAAGAGCAAUUGGGGAACCACAUGGCGUCUGAACCACGCCCCGGCCCUGGUACAAGACCUCCCAACCCUAACGCCGAGGGACGAAACACAAAUGAGUCGUUUCUGACGGCCGAUUGGCUUGAAACAAUCGUUAUGGGACACCGCGUGCCGAGCGCUGUCCCCGCUCCCUUAAGAGAGGAACUUUCCCACCAGCAGCAACUUGAGAACGCGUCUCCAUCGCAAGGUGCCCUGCCAUCCAAUCCAUGGGCCACGAUGCGCAGUGGCCAUGUUGCGCUGCGCGAGAAUCCCAUGACAAUCUAUCUUCCUACCUACUUACCACCCAAGCAGGAGGCCUUGGGUCUUUUCAGGUUUUACUGCGAUUAUCUUGAUUUUCAGUACCAUAUCACCAUCGCCAGCCGCGUGGAGCAACAGAUCAAUGGGAUCUACGAUGGCAUUGCGCGCCAUGAACCCAUCAACCUACAUCAUAUGGCUCUCUUGUUCAGCAUCAUUGCCAGUGCACUCUAUUACAAACUUCUGAUCGAGGCGUCUGAAUCCGCGGAUGUUUGCAGCCGGGAAACCGUGUUUUUGACCGGCGCCGCUCUCAUUCAGAGCAAUCAUGUUUCAUACCCGAGUAUCGAAGGGCUGCAGGCCACCAUUAUCGUCGGGCAUCAUUUAUCGAACAUGAACUUACACCCUUCCGUGAGCGCGUUGUUCACUCAUGGGUCACUCGUCAGUCAGGCUAAAAGCUUGGGCCUUCAUCUCAUCGAUUGCCCCCGGCACGCAGAAGAGAGGAUGGCAAAAGGGUUCGACAAGACAGAUGUUGAACUUAAACGGCGCCUAUGGUGGGACUUGGCAUCUUACGACUGGUUGCUGGGGUUUCUCAGCGGGCCCCAAGAAUUAACAUAUACGAUCGACCCACGGCAUAUGAACGUGCGAGAGAUACUGAAUGUCGAGGACGACGCUAUCAAGGACAGCGAGAACGGCGUGUCUGUUUCCACUCCAACAUGCAUGUCAUAUAGCAUUACGCGCCUGGAGCUGGCCGUUGUGUGCCGGGAAAUAGUUGACGCAACAGCUCCCGAGCAUUUGCGCGGCCAAGAGAUCCCCUACGAAAAGAUCCUCUAUCUGGAUCGCCGACUCCACCAGGCCUAUGCCGCGGUCCCGAGUUUCUUUCGGUUCGAUCAGGCCUCCCGGCGCGAAUAUGCUGAUCUGUACCGCGAGCGACCGGCACUUUCCUGGCAACGCGCCAUCGUGCAGCAAGCGUACCACUCCCGGUUUUGUCGAUUGCAUCGCCAGUAUUUUGUGCGGGGCGCCAAGGAUCCCCGGUACUCUUACUCCCAUGUAGUCUCUCUCCAGUCAGCGCGCAAAGUGCUGGAAGUGAAACGCAUCAUGGAUGAGCAGGAGCCUCGUUUCGUGCCCUGUAGCUCGGUGGUCUGGGCCAUUAUGCAUCACGUUUUCAUGGCUGCCGUCAUCCUGUUGAUCGAUGUGUGCUUCAAUUGGGAUGAUAUUCUCGCCGAGAAACGGAAGGAGGAGGUUCUCGACGCUUGUCGCACCCUCAGUCGCGCUCAACAGUCUUCUGCCAUCGCUCGAGAAGGGAUCAACGCCAUGAUGGGCAUUCUGCGGCGACACUGGAAACAACAAAGGCGACCGGUAUCUCACGGGCUUAAUGCAGAUACCACCGGCCCAGCUGGUCUGGAUCUGGUAACAUUCGGCGAACAGCAUACUGUGCCCCCUGCAACCAAUCUUUCGGGCUUGAAAGAUGUUCCCUUGACGCAACAACCAUCAAAUACCCCUCCGCCAUCAAAUCCUUCCGUUCCUCCAAAUCACGAGCCAAGUCCAACUCAACUCGAGGAUCUCUGGACUGAAAUGCUGGAUAGUCGUGCUCAUGCCGAUCUGGGUACACCAGACUGGACGGACCUGUUGACCGAGUUGACGAAUUUGCCGUGUGAGUGA